UUCGCAGACUGACCGGAUUUCAGCAGCACGCACAGAGAAAGGAGGAAACUGCGGCUCCCACUGAAACAUCCACAUCUGAGAAGAAACUUUUUUUCCCUUCUUGCUUCCUCUCCGGUCUUUUGCCUCCAGUAAUAAUAUCCGGAUCUGCUCACACAGGAAUUAUCGCACUUUGAAGACACCGAGCUGAGCUGGGAGGAAGCGCUGAUUCACACUCUGCUGAUUUCUUUCUCGGGGUGGGGGGGACUUAAAAGUUCACAACGCCAUGUCUGGUGAGUCGGAUCACAGUCGGCGGUUCUGCGUGCUGUCUUGGGAUCAGGUGCAGCGCUUGGACUCGAUCCUGGGCGAGGCUAUCCCCAUCCACGGCCGAGGAAACUUCCCCACGCUCUCCGUACAGCCCCGCCAGAUUGUCCAGGUUGUGCGAGCGAGGCUGGAGGAAAGAGGUGUGCAUGUUAAGGAUGUGAGGUUGAACGGCUCGGCUGCCAGCCAUGUGCUCCAUCAGGACACGGGACUAGGCUACAAGGACCUCGACCUGAUCUUUGGCGUGUCGCUGAAAGAUGACCAGGCCUUCCGUCUGGUGAAAGACGUCGUGCUGGACUGCCUGUUGGACUUCUUGCCAGCCGGGGUCUCUAAGGAGCGCAUCACAGCACUGACCCUUAAAGAGGCCUAUGUGCAGAAACUUGUGAAAGUCUGCAAUGACACGGACCGUUGGAGCCUCAUCUCGCUGUCCAACAACACAGGCAAGAACGUGGAGCUUAAGUUUGUGGACUCUUUACGGCGGCAGUUUGAAUUCAGUGUAGACUCCUUCCAGAUUUGCCUUGAUUCUCUGCUCUUGUUUGACCGCUGCUCUGAGACGCCCAUGUCUGAGAGCUUUCACCCCACCGUAAUUGGCGAAAGCGUGUACGGGGACUUCAAAGAAGCUAUGGAACAUCUGUGUCAGAGGACCAUAGCUACUCGCACCCCUGAAGAAAUCAGAGGGGGUGGCUUGUUGAAGUACUGCCACUUGCUCGUGCGAGGCUUCAGACCCUCGUCAGAGGCGGACAUGAAACAGAUGCAGCGCUACAUGUGCUCGCGCUUCUUCAUUGACUUCCCCGACAUAGGUGAGCAGCAGAGAAAGCUCGAGGCUUACCUGCAGAACCACUUCGCCGGGAUGGAGCACAAGCGGUACGAGUGCCUCACGACUCUGCACCAAGUAGUGAACGAGAGCACAGUGUGUCUGAUGGGCCACGAGCGGCGCCAGACGCUCAGCCUCAUCUCCAUGCUGGCGCUGAAGGUGCUGGCUGAGCAGAAUGCUAUCCCCACGGUAACCAAUGUGACCUGUUACUACCAGCCAGCGCCGUACGUGCAGGACAUAAACUUCAGCAACUAUUAUAUUGCACACGUGCAGCCGCCACAGGUCGCCGCGUGCAGUGCUUCAUAUCAGACGUGGCUGCCCUGCAGUUGAGCUGGUGUCAGGGCGCGGAGGUCACUGUGUCUCCACUGCAUCGCUCUGUCCAGGAUGUGGACUGAAAACAAACAAUAAAGAAACCCAUUUGCCAAAUGUGACUUUAUAAAAACAAUCCUGUACUGCUGUACAUCUGAUUGAGCCGACAAGUUUUUUUUUAUUUUUAUUUUUUCAUUUUUUUUUUUUUCCACUUGUUUUCUCUUGCAAGAGAAGAAUCUGUAAGAUUGCUGGUCAUUUCUGAGAUGUAGCGAUAAUAUCUUUAAGUAUUAAAAAAAAAAACAAC